GAAAAAGACACACGAUAGCAAAACGAGCAUGUUGUUGUAGUUUUGUUAGAAAGAUGUCUGGAGCGUCUUCAGUAGCGGGUGAAGUGUUUGUAGACGCUUUACCUUAUUUCGACCAAGGCUAUGAUGCUCCUGGAGUCAGAGAAGCAGCUGCAGCUUUGGUGGAGGAGGAAACGAGGCGAUACAGACCUACAAAGAAUUACCUGAGUUACCUGCCAACACCUGAUUUUUCAGUUUUUGAAACAGAGAUCAUGAGGAACGAGUUUGAAAGGCUUGCAGCGCGCCAACCCAUGGAGCUUCUCAGUAUGAAGAGAUACGAGCUGCCCGCCCCAUCUUCAGGCCAAAAGAAUGACAUUACGGCUUGGCAGGAGUGUGUGAAUAACUCGAUGGCUCAGCUGGAACACCAAGCAGUACGCAUAGAAAACCUUGAACUCAUGGCACAGUACGGUACUAAUGCCUGGAAGUUGUCAAAUGAUAACUUGGCUUUCAUGAUUGAAAAUGCACAGAAGGAGCUGCAGAAAGUUCGAAAGCAAAUUCAGGAUCUGAAUUGGCAGCGUAAACAUGAUCAGCUAACGGGAGGCGCCAAACUGCGAGAACUGGAGUCAAACUGGGUGUCCCUGGUGAGUAAGAACUACGAGAUUGAGCGUGCCAUUGUGCAGCUGGAGAACGAUGUUGCUCAGCUGAAACAGCAGCAGGGAGACGAGAAUAAGGAGAACAUCAGACAAGAUUUCUAGUGAGCGACACGCCUGUCCAGAACAAUCUGGAACAGCAGAUGAACACUGUCAGUCUGAUGCUGUUUCUGCAGAAUGGAGUUUAUUUCCACACUGUGAGGUGACUGAAAGAAGUAUUGAAGCCUGAGUACAUCCAAAUCAUAUGGGAACUUGCUACAGUGCACCACAAUAAGACAGCAUUUCUUUUGCUAGUUCAUGGAUGUUUGUGUUUCAUAAGUUGUGUUAAUGUAAACCAGUUGUUCAAAUGUAUUUUUACAAAAUGCAAUAAAUGCAAUUCUUUAAAGUA